UUGAGCAUUUUUGUCAUCUGCUAAUAAUUUUAGCCAGGUGGCAAGUGGAUGGACUGUGGAGUAAGAAGUACCUGCCUCUGCCUCUGACUUGGGUUCUAGCCUAUAGGAACAAGACAUUUUCAGUAAUGGAAGAAAAGCUUCCAGGCUGGGAAGGUCAUCGUUUCCAAUGGUAGCUUGACCUGAGAUGAUACCUGACCACAACUACUGGGAAGGCCCAGAAUAGACAGAAGAGAGAGAACACCCUAGAGUUGCUAGCCCCUAAGAGUUGAAGAAAAUGGCCAAGGCCCAGCUGAAAUAACAGGAAACACAUGAAAAAUGCCACGAUUGUAAUGUCUGUGAGGAGAGAGCAAGGCAGUUCUUCAGGGGAGGGAUCAUUGUCAUUCGAAGAUGUGGCUGUGGACUUCACCAGGGAGGAGUGGCAGUUUUUGGACUGGUCUCAGAAGGUCUUGUACAAGGAAGUAAUGUUGGAAAACUACAGCAACCUAGUAUCAGUAGGGUAUCAAGGCACCAAGCCAGAUUCACUCUUCAAGUUGGAGCAAGGAGAACCCCCAUGGAUAGUAGAAGGGGCAGCCCACAGUCAAACCUGUCCAGGGUUUGUUAUCCAGAAUAGAAGAUACACAGGAAAAGAUUCUGAUGCAUUUGGUGGAUAUGGGAAAUCAUGCCUCCAUAUCAUCAAGCGUGACAAAACUCUUACUGGAGUUAAAUACCAUAGAUGUGUUAAACCCGCCAGCCCUAAAUCACAGCUCAAUGACCAUCAAAAAAUUUGUGUAGGAGAGAAACCACAUGAAUGCAGUGUGUGCGGGAGAGCCUUCUCCAGGAAAGCACAGCUUACCCAACAUCAGAGAACUGAAAGAGGAGAGAAACCCCAUGGAUGUGGUGAAUGUGGGAAAACAUUCAUGAGGAAGAUUCAGCUCACUGAGCAUCAGAGAACUCACACGGGAGAGAAGCCCCAUGAGUGUAGUGAAUGCGGAAAAGCCUUCUCCAGAAAGUCACAGCUCAUGGUCCAUCAGAGAACCCAUACAGGAGAGAAACCCUACAGAUGCAGCAAAUGCGGAAAAGCCUUCAGCCGGAAGUGCCGGCUCAAUAGACAUCAGCGAUCCCACACUGGAGAGAAACUCUAUGGGUGCAGUGUGUGUGGGAAAGCCUUUUCUCAGAAGGCAUACCUCAUUGCACACCAGAGACUUCACACAGGAGAGAAGCCUUAUAAAUGCAGUGAUUGUGGGAGAACCUUCUAUUUUAAGUCAGACCUGACCAGACAUCAGAGAAUUCAUACAGGAGAGAAACCUUAUGAAUGUCAUGAGUGUGAAAAAGCCUUUAGAAGCAAGUCAAAGCUCAUUCAGCAUCAGCGUACUCACACUGGAGAGAGACCAUAUUCAUGCAGCGAAUGUGGCAAAGCCUUUGCCCACAUGUCAGUCCUCAUUAAACAUAAGAAAACUCACAUAAGAGAGAAAGCCAUACAUUCACUGAAGGUGGAGAAACCACCUUCAAGGAGUCAUACCUCCUUAUACAUGAGUGAACACAUACAAGAGCAAAAGACUGUACCUAUAGAAAUGCCUGCCUCAGGAACCCCGGCAUUGUUAAACAAGAGUGAGCGCCUAGUGGGUAGAAAUGUAGUGAUUGUAGAACAACCUUUUCCAAGAAAUCAAGCCUUUGUAGUUAAUCAGGAAUUUGAACAGGGAAUAAGCCUCGCAAAUGAAGUGAAUGUGGCCCCAUCAGUAAUAAAUUAUAUCUUGUAUGUUACAGAUAUUGUGUAAGAAUAAAUCUGAUACCAGAAAGGUGGGAAAAUCUUUAAUAGGAAUCCUGCAGCCACUAUAUGCCAGAGAGCUCAUUUAGGGCUGAAACACUGGAGGCAGUGGUUGUAGAGGACAUUUCUGUAAGAAGUCAAACCUGUUAAAUGCCAUUGAAAUCAUGUUGGGCAGAAAUGUAUCUGUUAUGAGGAAGCCUUUACCUGGAUAUGAUAUCUCAAUUGGUAUCAAAAGAAAACUUACAGGAAUGUUUAUGAAAGAUUGUGAUGGUGCUUUUAGCACUAAAUUGUGCCUUGUGUGCCAAAGAAACAAAGACAACUGUAGAGGCAAUGGAUAUGGAAAACAUUUUUAGUAAAAUAUGGGAGAAGUUAUACAAAAGAAAAACUCUUGAAAGUAAGACAUGAUGGAAACUCACCAAAUUAUCUCCUGUAUCACAGUUUUAUGUCUUGAGAGUCUUGGAGGGACAUGUCUAAUAAAUGAAAUCUUGAACCCCAGGAAUGGUAUUAUGUAAUGAAAACCUAUGAAUAUAACAAAUAUGGAAGUAAAA